AUGAAUUUUCCAAAGGGCCUUGUCAGCCUCCGGCUGCCCCAUUACUGGAGAUUCGUGGUGCCGGCCUUCGUACUCACGGUUUCGUUUUACUUUCUCCUUGGAAGUUUCUGGCAGGGCCAGCAACCACAGGUUCCAUACCAUGUUGAUUUCCACGGCAAGGGCGAUGUUGAUGGCCAUUUUGCUUCACCCAGCCAUGACGGAAACGAUAUCUCCGUUAACUUAAUUAUUGCUACUCUCUCUAAGGACGACAUAUCAUGGACACAAAAUAUCAAGAUACCUAAUCUGAAGAUAAUUCGUUAUGUCAGCGACGACUUAAAAGCUGAAUUUCAUCCCCCGGUGCCGAAAAAGGGACGCGAGGCUCUAAUAUAUCACACUUACAUGCACGACUUUUAUGACGACUUGCCAGAUAUCUCCAUCUUCACUCAUGCCGAUGAAAGCCCGUGGCACGUGGAGGAUACAUUGAACUCAUCCUUAACAUUCGCCUUAUCGCAUCUUGAUCUGAACGAGGUUCUACAAAGACAAUACUUUAACUUACGCGUAUCCUGGGAGAAUGCAUGUCCCAACUGGAUCAACACCUCGAAGACCGAUAACGAUUGGUCGAAGCAGGAAGAACCUUACAUGCACGAAGCAUUCAGCGAGAAUUUCGCUACCAAUGAAGUUCCCGAAAUCCUUGCCGGUCCAUGCUGUUCUCAAUUUGCAGCGACGAGAGAUGCUGUGAGAAGACACCCGAAGUCACAGUACCGGAUCAAUAUGGAAUGGUUGAUGCAAACCCACUGGAACGAUUAUAUCUCGGGGAGAGUUUGGGAACACAUGUGGCCAUGGCUCUUUGUAGGCAAAGCGGUGGAUUGUGACGUCGAAUGGAAAUCGUAUUGCAAGAUGUACCAUGUCUGCUUUGAUCCUCAGAGCAGAAACCGAUUGAUUAACCUCAAGGAAGAAAAGAAGGAGCUGGAGAUGAAGACGGGACUUCUCGAAGGGUUGCUGGACCUAUUAAAGGGAUUCGAGGUUAGGAAUCGUCUACGGGAAAUUAAGGCUAUCUUAGCAGAGGAACUGGAAAAGGCGGUUGAAAGAGGGAAGGACGAGGCAGUACGAACGAAACUGCUAUCGGAUUAUAAUAAUUCGUGAGGAAACGCGGCCUUAAAGAGCCUGGAGGCAAGUUGCUUGUACACCAUAUGAUACCCUAGUCCUAAUACAAAAUAGUAUUGCGAGAAACUUAUUCGGCUAUAACGGUGUGCGGCUCUUUACAAGCUAGUCUCGUGUUGGGAAUCGAGCGCUCAAACGACGGAUUCCUUGGAAUGAAAGUUACACUACAAUAUAACAAUCUUGUCAUUAGUACCUAGAUUGGAUCGGUC